AUGCAUCAGAUUGUGAAAAACGUCAGUCUGAAAUUCAAUGUACGGUUUUUUGUGCCUGCAAUCUUGAAGCUGUUGUCCAGCAAUCAGGAUAAUCAGGAGUUCAUUGAUUGCGUGGGUCAAUUGUUUGAUACAUACAUACAAGUUUCAACCAACUCAAAUAUCCUUCAAUAUUUAAAGUCUCAAUGCAAGUCACACAAUAUUGGGAAUAAUGUUUUUAAGGCAAUACUUCCGGGAAGUAGACCAAGUAGUUCUGAAGCUGUAUCAACUCGUCUGCUGGAGAAAAAAGAGGUCAAGCAGAAACCCAUAGAGAGUUGUUCGGAUAAUGAUGUGGACUAUUUUUCAACCAGUCUAACCAACCUUUUGAACAAAGCCAACUAUGAUUUAGCUACAUCGAUAAAAACCAAAGAUGUUUCCGAUGGGGCUGAUCUCGGGCAUAUCUUCGAUACGUAUUUCGCAUAUUUUGAAGGUAAGGAAAGCGAAUCAAAUUGGAAAAAGCGAGAGCAGAGCAUUGUUGAAAUCCGAACUCUUUUACGUGGAAACGCAGCCACAAGCAUUAGGGAAGAUUUGGUAUCAUGCUUGAAAGCAUUCGCAUUUCCCAUUUGUAAGGGUGCAAGCUCUCUUCGAACAACUUUGUGCACGCACAGUUGUCAAUUGAUUAAAGAAUGUGCAAUAAUAUUACAAACGGAGUUUGAACCUUGCGCUGAUUUGCUAUUUCCCACAUUGAUGAAAUUGUGUCUAUCAACGAAGAGUAUCACCUCGACCAAUGCUCAUAUGGCGAUGUCCGCACUAUAUGCCAAUUUGAACUGUAACAACAAACUAUUUCAAAGAAUAUGUCAAUCAAUGGAUGAACCUAAUUUCAAACCACGUUCAUUCGCGGCAAUCUGGAUGCAAAUUUUGCUUCUUAGGUAUGCCGUUGACCAUUCCUUUUUCAAUGGUCACUAUGGACAAGCAAUUGACACGUGCAACAAACUAUUGAUUAAAUUGUUAAAGGACGCAAAUCCAAACGUUCGUCAGGUGUCCAAGGAUUGUUACUGGUGCUUUUCCAAAGUUUGUCCUGAGGAAUCAGAUGCAUUGAUUACAAGAUUUGACGCGAAUACUAUUCGGGCUUUGCAAAGGUCACAGAAGGAGUUGGGUCCAAUGGCAACCACCACGAGAAAAUUGUCCACUAGAGCUACCGCUCCACCAAUUAAAGAAUCUGCAUGGGAUAGAAUACAGGGAAUGAAUCAGAGUAAACCUGCCUCUCGUUCAGCUUCUCGAGAAUCCAACACAGUGGCAGCUGUUACUGUACUCAAUGAAGGUAAACCAAUUAGAUUUGAUAAACAAGCCUUAAAGAACGAAUCAAACAGACCUACACCUAGAGCAAGUAGCUGGAAUGCUCCGCACAAAGAACCAGUAACGCAUGUCGAGAGAGCAAGAAGCAGAACAGAAGUGUUAACCAAAUCUCCCGUGGAGAAAGAAGAUGAAGUAGUGGUUCGACACUCUGCAUCUGAACCACCUGCUGAUUCAUCAAGGGUGUUUUCAAGGGAUCAGGACCCAAUGAUUGAAUUAAUGUCGUCCAAACACACAAAUGACUUGACAGAAGGUGUGAAGUUAUUGAAAUAUGCCAUCAUCAGUAAAGAAGAUGUUUCCAAUGCUCAUGCACUAAAGAGUCGAUUGCGUUACAUUUCUGAAAAGAACCCCAUGGUAUUGAAACAAUUGUUUACGUCUAAUGAUUAUGUAUUCAAAACAGCGGCAAAGUUGUUGUCGCUUGAUGAUUUUGUUCGGGUAUACUCCAUUGUAUUUCCAGAAAUUGAUCAGCGAAUUUAUGAGCUUGCUGCAUUUGAUGUCGCGUUUGAUGACUUUUAUAAUGCAGAGUUGCAAUUGCUAGGAACAGUGAUUGAUUCCCCAAAUAUCCCUGGAAGCACUUGCUUUAAGUUUCUAAUCUCCACUUAUCAGUUCAAAAUCGCCAAACUGGUGUUGCAAACUUUUCUGAUUGCGCUUACAAAAACAGUUUUCACAGACGUGCAAUUUGGAGAGCUUUUCCAAGAGUUAGUUAGACUGAUUGUGGUGUUGAAAGGUCUGGAAGCGUACGCCGAUUUGAAACAACUUUUUUGUCAGCUUUAUGCCAUUGACUCAAACAGAUUUACUCAGUUGUUGGAUGAGGCUGAAUUUUCUGUCAAGGAUGAAGUGGAACUUAUUGUUGGAAUUGAUAGUACGGUGGCACUAGAAAAUCCUUUAGAUCAUUCCGUUUUUGAAAUGACCGAGAUCAAUCCAGGAAUCUUGAAAGCCGAUUUUGUUCCUCAAUCAGCUGAAGAUGGGUUUACCAUGGUUGUUCCUAAGUUGAGGAAUGAUGAAACGUUUGAGAAGGGCUCACUCGGGCAAAUUGAAGAAGCUGGUGAGGAUGUUUCUAUGAUUGUUGAGGGGGAGCAUGUACUGGAGAAUGAGAAGCAGGAAACCCCCUCACCCAAUGUCACCACACCAAGAGAGAUGAGUAGCGGAGAUGAAUCAGUGUUAGAAGGUGUACGUCCUUUCAAAUUGGGAAAACUGUCUGUAAAAGAAUCUGUCCCUUUUCCCAAACCUGCAACGAGCCAUGAGCCUCAAGAGGGUUUGGUUGAAGAUAUGGCUCUGAUCCACAUUGAAUAUCCUGCAACCAACUACACUACGGCCCUGGAUGCAGUUCAAACAAUGAUUGAAAAAGCAGAUCCAUUGGCAUCGCGUGCACAAAAGAAUAAAAGGAUAAACAUAUAUGAGGAUACUAAGCGUUCCAUCAAUGAAUCUCGCAAUGAGAGAAACAUGGAUACAAUAAUGUAUUACCACCAGCUGUUGAGAAAUGGGCUCCACGGGGAUGCCUUGGCCAUUGAUCAGUUUAACCACCAUUGUGAUAUAAUUGCUCUGAUUGCCGAUAUGGGCGAAAAGAUUCCAUCAAUGGCCUCAGUGUGCCAUUCAAUUGCAUCAUUGAGCGCCAUGAGUUUUGAAUUUAGAGAAUAUUUCUUGACUACGGGCAAACACAAGUUGACGAGUUCGUUGUGGGAAUAUUUUGAACUUGGUUUUGAGUAUGGGGCUCGGCCAAUGACUCAAGAGGAAGUGAUUUAUGGAUCAUAUCUUCUUCAACUUUUACUGAGGUAUGAUGAAUCAAUUGAUGUUGAAAAGAUUUUCUCAGUGUUGAGCUUCACUUGCAAAUACAUUACAGAAGCUUGUGAUGAAGUGUAUUUGCUCUGGACUGAGAUCUUAACCCUGAUCAUCAAGUAUGGUAGUAACACGAGCUCUGUUCAUGCUCCAAUGAAGACAAGAUUUGAGACCAUUGUGUUGAAAUAUCUUGACAAAUUAGAAAGUGCCAAGUUGAACCAAUUCAUGGUUCAAUUAUGCUUAUAUUUCUUAUCAAUUGCAUUAAGUCAGGAUAAUUCACUCAAUGAGGAAAAGCUCUGCCAAUUGGACAGCAUCUUAGGUAAAUUCCUCACUAGUAAGGAAGCUGAAGUUCGUAGUUCAGCUGUUGUGUGUUAUGGUAGCUUAUUGAAAAAUGAAUCGUUGAAUCCCGACCAAAGGCAAGUUAUGGCUAGAUUGAAGUCAAGGUAUCCCAUAGCGAAACAAAGGCUCAUUGAAGAGUACAGCAAAUGA